GGAAAGCCCGUUCUCCGGAGCUCUGAACGCACAGGCCAGCGAACAUCGCGGCACCCCGAUGGCAAAGGAGCUCAGCAGGUGUGCCACCGUCUUGGAGAAGGUGGCAAAACACUUCAUGAGCAGCUCCAGGCGUAGAAGCUACACUAUAGCCAUGCUGUCCGCCAUCGACUCCCGGACCGUGGCAAGAGUUUGUGACGCCACCUCCAUGGAGCCGAUCACGUGCCCUACACCAGCCGUCCCAGAGUUCCGUUCGGCAAACGGCCGUUGCAACAACCGGGACCACCCCCUGUGGGGAAGUAGUGAGCAACCCUUAAGAAGGCUGCUGGAGCCAGAAUACGGCGACGGACUCAUGAUGCCUCGCACCACUGCACGUGGCGGCGCCCCCCUCCCCAGCGCGCGGCUGGUCAGCACUACCGUGCACGAGGACCUGCGGAAAUCCAGCCCGGUCAACACCCACAUGGUCAUGCAGUUCGGACAGUUCCUGGACCACGACAUCACUCUCACGCCCAACUUCCAGGAAGAAGGUCUCGUCUGUACCUGUGGCACCGAUGACGAACACUGCUUCAACAUCAACGUCCCCUCAGACGACCCUGACUUCGCAGGGACGCCCUGCUUGCCGUUCGCUCGCUCCCUAUCCAGUCCGAACGAAGGGUGCCACAUGGGCCGCCGGCAGCAGCUGAACCAGCUCACCGCCUUCGUGGACGCCUCCAACGUCUACGGCUCCUCGGACGAAGAGAUAGAGGAGCUCAGAGAACAUGCUGAACCACCCGUGGUACAAGUUACGUGUCCGGCAGGCUACCAAAGUUUCCAGCAAAACUGCUUCAAGGCCUUCUCCCAAACCAAACCUGACUACAGCUGGGCCAUGAAGGCCUGCCAGGCAGAAGGCGGCAGGCUGGCCAUGCCGAAAGACGCCGCCACUAACGCGUUCCUGGUCCAGCUGAAGAAUGCGGUACGAAACGACGCCGCUUUCUACAUCGGACUGAGUGAUCAAAACGCCGAAGGGCAAUGGCGCUUUGCUGACGGAACCGCAUUAGAUUCCUACAGCAACUGGCACCCCGGGGAACCAAACAAUGCAGGGCAUAACGAGGACUGUGCCACUUUGCUGCCGGGAUCCGGAGGCAAGUGGAACGACGUGCCUUGCUCCGGCCAUCGACGGUAUAUCUGCCAAGUCCCGCCAAUCCAGCUGCAGCCUCGUGAAGGGCUGACACGGGUUCGGGUCGUGAGCUCCUCUGGCAGACCAUGGGUCGACAACGGAGUGACAUAUGAUGCCACAAAAGCUUUGGAUGGGGAUAGUGCAACCUACUGGAACCCACAAGGUACCAACCGCUACUCCAACAACAGGUACAUCAUACUGGACCUCACAGCUCCCCAAACUGUGACCCGCAUCGCGCUCAACAACUACGGGGACACCAUACAUGACAUUGCAUCCUUCAGGUUGCAAAGGUCGCUCUCUGCGAGUCCGUACAACUGGCAGGACGUCAAGUCCGUCGGUAACGUGCGGGGAGGGACGAACCAGCGCCAGGAGUUCAGCGGGUUCCAGGGAACCGCGCGGUACUGGAGGUUCGUGGUCACUCGGACCCACUCGGGCUGGCAGCCAUGGCUUAGAGAGCUGAACCUCUACGGAACGUCAGGAGAAGCCAACAAAUUGGUUUUAGGAGGAGCACGCGGCCUGCUGAAGUCCAGACCGAACCCUGCAGACGCUAACCAGAAGGAACUUCUGCCCGCCACGGAGGAGGACAUGGCGUGUGAAGACUUUACCGGGCCCGAGAAGUGCUCGCGGGCUGGGGACAUCCGUGUGAACGAGCAGCCGGGACUGACCUCCAUGCACACCGUCUUCCUGCGGGAACACAACCGGAUCGCCAGGCGGCUCUCCCAACUCAACCCGCGCUGGGACGACGAUCGGGUGUUCUUCGAGACCAGGAAGAUCGUCGGCGCGCUGAUGCAGAAGAUCACGUACGGGGAGGACCUUCCUCACGUUCUCGGUCCGGACGCCAUGACCAAGUUUCACCUGACCCUCGCCACGAACGGGUACUUCUCCGGGUACGACGCGAGCGUGAACCCCACCAUCUCUAACGUCUUCGCCACAGCAGCCUACCGGUUCGGCCACAGUCUGGUUUAUAACCUUCUCCUCCGCUAUGCUCCGGACUUCAACGAGGCCAGCGCGUGUCCGAUUCGGCUGGCCUUUGCUUUCUUCAAUCCAACCCACAUCCUCAACAACGACCUAGGCGGCCCGGACUCCAUCCUACGGGGACUGACCGCCCAGCCCCAUCAGGACUUCAACCGGUUCAUGGUCUCGGGCCUGACGAAGCACCUGUUUGCGGAUCCUCCCGGGUCUCUCGGCCUGGACCUGGCGGCGCUGAACAUCCAGCGGGGCAGAGACCACGGGCUGCCCGGCUACAACGCCUGGAGGGUGAGGUGUGGCCUGCCCAAAGCCAACAGCUUCGACGACCUGGCGUUUGAAAUCCCAGACUGUUUCGCCCGAAAGAGACUGGAGAAUGUGUACAGCCACGUGGACGACAUCGACGUGUUCGUGGGGGGUCUUGCCGAGGAGUCCGUGCCGGACGGUGUCGUCGGUCCAACCUUCGCCUGUCUGAUCGGCCUGCAGUUCCAGGCCCUCCGCAAGGGGGACCGCUUCUGGUUCGAGAACCGCGGGCAGUUUACAGCAGCCCAACUUGCGGAGAUCAGGAAGACCAGUCUGGCCCGGAUCCUGUGCGACAACACGGACGGCACCACACACAUGCAGCCGGACGUCUUCAGGCUGCCCACACAGACUGGGAACGAGAGGGUGGCGUGCUCCUCUCUGUCCCAGAUGGACCUGACCAAGUGGCAGGAGUAG